GUGGACGACGCUACUUUUUAUGAAAAAAAAAUCCCUUUGCAGAGGAUGCAGCACCCCUGCAACCGAGAGUAAACUAUGCCGGCCGCACGACACUGGUGCUGGGCAAAAAGCCUAUAUCUCCACAACUGAGUGGGUCGCGCUUGCUCAGUUGCAGUGCGUAAUUCCUGCCUGGGGCUGAGGGGUUUAAGCGACCAAUACACACCGGAAAUAUCUUGGCAAAUUGGAUCCCGCGACCUGGAAUGGCAGCGAUGCGACUGCAGCUUUGCACCGCGUGCAGAUAAUUUCGGCCAGCAAACGCAAGAGUCGAGGGAGAUUCGGAGGGCGAAACGCGGCCGAACACGAAGACUUGCAGCAAUUGAAGGGGCAGCGUCUCAAUGCCCGAUCAAAGUUUGACGAUGGCGGAGGCGCUCAGUGAUGAGCCUGACCUUAGCACUUUUGAAAACAAGUCUGGCUUGGCUGAGGACAUGAAGUUUCUAGCUUCGAUGCCUGAACUUUGCGACGUCACUUUUCUUGUGGGCGACACUCGAGAGCCAGUGUGCGCCGUCAAAGCGGUUCUCGCCGCCAGAAGCAGGGUAUUUCACAAAAUGCUGUACCAAACUCCGAGCCCUCAGCGUAAAAAGGAGCCUCCACCGAGGGAAAACAAGCUGCGCUUGUUUUUGAAGCGGAGCAGCGAGCCGCUGCUGAAUUUGCAGAAUGCCGCCCAGCAGCGAGCUGGAUUCACGCAGCAACUCACCCCCAUUCACGAGAGCAACCAACAUCAGACGCUGAUCAUCGAGGAAUUCGAGCCAGACGUUUUUCGCCAACUGAUCGAGUACAUCCACACGGGGUGCGUCACCCUGCAGCCGCGCACCUUGCUCGGAGUUAUGAACGCCGCUGAUUAUUACGGACUGGAUGAGCUUCGUCGUGCGUGCGCUGGGUUCGUUCAGUGCUGCAUCAAUGUGGACACCGUGUGUGCUUUAUUGGCUUCGGCGGAGAGAUACAUCCAGUACAAGUGUACAAAGUCGUUGGUCCAAAAGGUUUUGGAGUUUGUUGACGAACACGGAAAUGAGGUUUUGAAUUUGGGAUCCUUCACUUUGCUUCCCCAACACGUUGUGCGUCUAAUUUUGGCGAGGGAAGAACUGCGAGCGGACGAAUUUACAAAAUUCCAGGCUGCCCUGAUGUGGGGCAAAAAGUACUGCGACUCAAAUCCCAACACUCAACUCAAAGAAGUAAUUGGAAACUUCCUGGAGUACAUCCAGUUCCACAAAAUUCCGGCCAACGUUUUGAUGCGGGAGGUGCACCCUCUUGGUCUGGUGCCAUAUUCCAUCAUCAUGAAUGCGCUGGCAUACCAGGCAGACCCAACAAGUGUCGACCCCGCUAAGCUCUCCCCUAAUCGAGUAAGGCGCUCAAGUCAGGGCCGCUCCAUGUCCGUGCAGAGUUCGCUGGACCCCUACGGUUCCAACACAACCCUAAGUUCAAGCGGCUCGAGUGAACUUGACAGUGGCCGCAUCAGCUCGGAGGGAGCGGGGGCGGGUGGCGGCGCCGGCGGAGGAAGCAGUGGAGGCGGCGGAGGCGGAAGCAGCGGGGGCGGCAAGCACUCGGGAGCGAGCAAUUAAUUUUUUACUAGAUGAGAUAUCAGUUUGAUUACAUUUUGAUAGAGGCUGACAAUCUGCGCCGACGACCAGUGUGGGUGAGCCGAGAAAAAAGCAGCUCACUCGCGAUUAAUUUUCUACUGAAAGUGUACCCAAGAUAUAUAAAAUCAGAUAAAAUGAUGUUUUGGAGGGUUUUUUAAAAAAAUAUAUAAAUGGAUUAUUAGAAAUAUUCGUUACCAAUAGCACAGUUUUUUUUUAUGAUUUUUAAAAAAAUCCGAUUUAUAUUUUCAAAAGGUGCUCUGGUUAACGUACAAAAAUUCAAAAUGUGAAAACGUGAGAAAAUCGAAUUGAUCACUAAUGUGUGUUCAACAAUUAAAUGAUAUCGUUCUGGCGUUUGUAAAAUGCCAACACACAGAAAAAACAUCAUUCAUUAUGAAAUAAUUGCUUUUCCAUUGUCGAUUUCCUCAUGUAAAUCAUUAAGAAAUCAGUGAGUGUCAGCUUGAAUAAAAACCUAAACAGCUGUGAAAAUUUCAUGUGUUCGGCAAGUUUACGAGGAUGCAUAAAAGUCAUAUCAUUAAGAUUAAUUUAAAUCACUAAAUUAAUUGCUUGUGAAAAAUUUCUAAAAAUGCCUUAAUUUAAGUAGUUUUUUUUUUAAUUGUAGGUUACGAUUAAUUUUGAUGUUGCGCACAAAGUAUGUCAUUGUUGGCGCAUAAAAUGUACGUUGAUUUGUCAACGUUUGGGGCUCACUUUUGAUGCGCUUCCUGCAUAAAAUUGAUGUAAAAACUGAUGUCAUAAUUCACAUGCAUUUGGAAAAAGUGACUUCAAAAAUCCGUAUUGUUGCAAUAUUCUAAUUUUUUUUCUCCUUUGCUUCAUAUUAAUGGUUUCACUUUUUAUAUUUUGAGAUAUUGAAACUAUUAAUUGCUCGUCUCCCAAGUGGUUCUCCCAACUCUCAACUUCAAGUGACCUGCUACUUCAAAAUCACUGUCAAACGUCUGAUAUAUAAUCGUGUCUGCCAGAAAUCCAAAGUAAAAAUAAAAAUUACGACUGCUCUAUUUAAACUUAAGAUAUCCAAAUUAAUAGGCUCCAUCAGAUUGGCUUAAUGUGUGUGAUAUUUAACCGGCGAAUGGAACUUAACAGUAGACUGCAGACUUUGAACUUUCUCAAUAAUAUUUUGUUAUUUUUUAUUGCGCAACGUCUUUCGCUCUCAAACUGUUCUGCCAGACUUUUUCUGUUGAUUUUUUCCCCGUUAUUAAAUACACAAACUAAUGCAUUUACUGUCAGUGUUAAAUGUUCAAAAUACUAUUUAUUGUACAAAAACAAAAGGAAAUAUAAAAAUCAACAGUAUUGAAAUGGUACCUAUAAAAGUGUGUGUUGAAAAGAGAUGAAAAAUAAAGGAAAA